AAUAACUACAGUACUGUAUUGAUUGAGUGGGAUGCCAAUCAAAAUUUGGAUCUUGAGCGGCUGUUGGUACACUACAUUUCACCCUUGGUAGGGUUCUUCAUUGAAUUGACAUGGGAAAUGCGUGUCUACAAUCGAUGGACGAGGCCGACUGUCCGACGAUCAAGGACUCGUCCUUCGACCCUGAUACGAUCCCGCCAGUGCAGCGACGGUCCAGUAUCACCCUCGACGCCAUCCGACCGCUGCUGGCCCAAGGCAGACACAGCCAAAAAGUCGAGUUGAUCUUGGUCAUGGUCGGUGAAAAGCACGAGCGCUGCGUGAUUCCACGCACAGAAGUCCGCCGCUUGUGCAAGAAACACCGCGCCCUCAAAGCCAAAAUCAAUCAUGUGGUCCGUCGGUUGCGAGAAUUGAACGCGACCUUGUUGGAGGCGUUGCCUGUGGACAACACGGAAUGGGCCAUUGUCAAUGGCGAGUUCGACAUCCUCCAAGAAGGAGCUCAGGACGCUUCCAUCCGAGAGUUCAAUGUCAUGCUGGCAGACCCGAAGGUGUUCAUCGCGGCGGCGUGGGACGCGAGGGGGGGCCCAGGGACAGCAUCGACCAAUCUGUUUUCUGACACUGCCGCGAUGGUGCACAUGUCGCUCCCCUCGCCCAUGGCGGCGACGCCCACCACCCAGAAUCGCGCUAAGUCGAAACACGUGGACGUGUUUACUGAGGAAUUGGCGGUUAUGUCCCAUUCCUUAGCCCGAGAAGCCGAAGACAAAGCCGAAAUUGCACCUACUACUGCAGUAGUACAGGAGAAUUUGGACUCGCACAAAUGGAAAUCAUCAUGGGGUCUCGUGACGUGGCGGCCCCACUUCCGUUCGGACACGGCGCGGGGCGAUAUAGAGCCGCUUAACGAUGCAGACCGUCAACAUUUUGGCGUUGGCAAGUGUUGGUUAGUGAAUAAUAACUCUCACCGCAAGCAACAAUAAUGUUACAACUGGAAUUGGAUUGAGGGAAACUGUGCGCCUUGGCUCCUCGUCAUAUGCUGCAGAACAUCAGGAAGCUUAUCCUCGCUGCAUUGUAAAGCUGCGGUCAACUACAGUAGUACACUGUAGC